GCGGGGGCGAGGGCUGGGGCCGCGCGGCGGGCGACGGCGGCGCCGGGGCCGGGGCGGCGUGCGUGUCCAAGUGCUGCCCGCUGGGCCACUCCUUCGUGGGCAAGCGAUGCGUGAGAUCCGAGGUGCCGCUGCAGCUGGACUUCAAGACGUCCUUCGCCGAGAGCGCCGCCCCCGCCAGCCUCGCAUUCAUCGAGAGGAAGCCCCAGUGCGACGAAGGGAUCCACUUGCUGGAACCGACCAAGUACCCGGACGACAGCUGGCACCUGCAGCGGGACGGCCGCGUCUUCAGGCCGGUGUUCUCCAAGAUGUACACGCUGGACGGCUACUGCGUGGAGCACGCCAACACCUCCCUGUCCACGGGGCUCGUCCUGGGAGUGCACGCCUUCAUCUGCAUGCGGACCCACCGCAUGGGAGAGUGCUUCCAUUCCUUGACGUUCUCUUUCACCCUCGUCCACCCCUUGGAGCGAGCGCCAUAUUGGGAGAGGUGUGCGCGUGCGCAGGAGGAGCAGCUGGAGCUGCAGCUGGUGUACCCGCUGCGCACAUUGAUAUUAGAUCCCGUAACUUCUUCCCAGUGCUUCCAUUCCUUGAAGCUCUCUUUCGCCCUCGUCCACCCCUUGGAGCGAGCGCCAUAUUGGGAGAGGUGGGCGCGUGCGCAGGAGGAGAAGCUGGAGCUGCAGCUGGUGUACCCGCUGCGCAUAUUGAUAUUAGAUCCCGUAAUGAGUGUCUUAGACUUCUUCCCAGUGCUGCCAUUCCUUGACGCUCUCUUUCACCCUCGUCCACCCCUUGGAGCGAGCGCCAUGUUGGGAGAGGUGGGCGCGUGGGCGCGUGCGCAGGAGGAGCAGCUGGAGCUGCAGCUGGUGUACCCGCUGCGCACGACGGGGCUGCUGCUGUCGGCGGCGGCGCUGGCGCUGACGGUGGCUACGUACGCGCUGCUGCCGGCGCUGCGCAACCUGCACGGCAAGACGGUGAUGGCGCACGCGGGCUCGCAGCUCGUCGCCUUCGUCAUGACGUUACAAGCACAAGAGUCUCGGUUACACUCUCCUCUUCUGGCUGUUGACGAACUUCUCUUGGCUCAACGUGCUGUGCUUCGACAUCUGGUGGACGUUUGGGAUAAUAAGAAAGAGAAAGAAAAUCCAGGCUCCGCGGUGUCACAAGCCGAUGCCAAAUCUACCACCUUCAAAACUAAUAGACCCCUUAUGGAGAUGCAGAAUGCAGGUUCGAUUUUGGAAGCUGUGGAAGGCAUUGGCCCCCAAACUCAAAAGCUGCAGGUGGAAAGAGCAGAAUACAGAACACUGGCUGCAGAAUACAGAGCACCCGCACAUAACUCAAUGAUUCAAGAGUUAUAUAAUACGUAA